GAGCCCGAGGGGGUUCACGGUGGGACCCCCCCCCCCGGGGGACACAGGUGGAGAGGCAAGACUGCCGAGGAGCGUGCCACCCGAUGCGAGGGACAAAGUAGAACAAUUACGGAGAUGGACGAAGGUUCCAGAAGGGGCGGCGAUGUGACUGGGCGGGCCGGGCACUAAAGGGGCAGACGCGGCUGGAUCCGAUGGUGCCUCAGAAAUGGUGGUUCUAGAAGGGUGGAGGUCAUGGUGGCUGGGAAGCUUCCCUGCCUCUUGAGCAAACCCUCAAACCUCUAGUAGAGCACUUGUUUUCAUCUGGAAAUCCUUUUGUGCUCAUUCAUACUUGUUCAUCAAGACCUUUGAGUCCUCAAGGGCCGAAUUUACCUCUAAACUGAAAAAUGGAAAGUAAAGUACCUUUAUUCUGCCAGGCAGAAGAAAAUAGCGAUUUAUCAGAUGAAGGCUGUAAUUCUCUUGCAACCAACUUGCCAUCGAGACAUAUUGGCAACAAGAAAGACAUCAAGUUUUCUCAAAUGACACAGAAGACAAUUUCACAUGAAAUUAGGGGUUUGAGGCUAGAGCACAAAAAAAGGUAUGAAACAUCAAUAUUCCUCUGUGGAGAAGAGAAAUCCUCUGAUUUUUCAGGAGAGAAAAAGUUCAGAAGAAAGAAAAGUUUACAAGUACAGUUGCAUACUGAAAGAACUGAGAUUGCCUCUUCCUCAGUGAAGCUGUUGAAGGAGAAGAUGACUAAGAAAGAAAGGUCUUCACUCAAGUUUCCGAAUCAGUACAGUGUUCACAAGACUUUAUCACCCCUUUGUACAUCUUCCUCAAUUAUUCGGAAAAGGGAAAUGCUUUCUAGCCUCUGCAAGACAUCAUAUAAUGAAGUACCUCAAGGACACUUACACUCACAAGAAUUAAGCGCACUUCAGAAGGCCUGUAAAAUUUUUAGCAAAAUUCAAAGUGGUAAAAUUUAUGUGAAUGAUCUGCCAAUGAUCCAUCACACCUUGAAGAUUUUUAUAAGUGAUUCGGAAAUGCAAAAGGCACUAAAGACCGUUGAUAUUGAUGUUAAUGGAAUGCUGGAUUUUUCAGAUUUCCUUAAGACUGUGAAUGAUGUUUGUUAUUUGGUCUCCCAGGAUCCAGCAUUCCAGAAUGCCUUGAAGAUUUUCUGUAGGAUAAAAAGUGGUCGAGUUGCGACUGAUGAACUGGCUGCUGUUUUGGAUAGCAUGGAUAUUCCUGUAAUUCCUGAAACUUUUCAGGAAGUGAUAAAACAUGCUAGUAUAGACAGUAACCACAUGGUGGAUAUUAGAGAUAUUCUAUUUAUUUUGGAUGAACUCCAGCACCAGUAUGAAGAUUUUUCAGUUAUGGAGUCAUCAGCCUUGGAUGAAUCUACUUCAAACAGAAAGUUAUCAAAUAUAUCAGAAUGUUAUCCACAGUAUAGGAUGAAAAGCAGUUUCUCUUCCAGACUACGUGAACCAUCAUUAUUCCCAAAGUUAAAUAGAAAACACCUCCAAUAUCAUAAAAUUAUGGAGGAUAAUGAUUACCUUGAAUUUAAAAGAUCAAAAACUCCUUUGCAAAUAAAAAAAUUCCUAAAUGGGGUUGAUAGCAGUGAUAUAGGAUUCUGGGAACCAUAUUCAAAGGAUGGCAUAAACUUUAAGAAAAAUUCAGAGAAGAUUGAAAUUCAUGACUCAAAGUCUACGUCACAUAGCUUGAAGAGCAUCACAAGCCUCAAAAAGUCUCUGGAUAAAAGUGAUCAUUUUAGUAUCCCCAAACUUCAGAAGCCAGCUGUGAGAAGGCAUUCCAGCCUCCUAAAACAGGUUUCAUCAAAAGAAAAGAUUGCAGUGAAUGCUCUGGAAAACAUCUGUGAAGCUAUCAAUAAACUCCAAGAAAAUUACAUUGCUGCAGAAGAACUUCAGUCCUUUUUGCCUUCAAUAGGAGUUACUUUAUCAGACAAAGAGUUCAAGGAGAUUGUGGCAAAGACUACUCAAAAUGGAAAUGGAAUGGUGAAGUUAGAUGACUUUAUGAGCACUCUCUCCAAGGAGCAAAGUCUUCCUGAAUGUGAUGUGUUGACCGAUGUCAUUAAAGCCCUUGAUAAAAUUAAAGAUGAAAAUAUUGAUUAUGAAGAUAUGAAUACUUGUCUUCAGCAUUUUGGAGUUUACCUUUCUAAGCCAGAAUUUGAGAAGAUCACAGAGUUGACUGAAGCUGACCAAACGAAAAAAGUGAAUUUUAAAGAUUUCAUUGAUACAAUGAUGACCAAUACGGAACGCUUCUCUGAAAAAUUAUUAUUGCCUGAUGCUAUUGAAAACCUCCAUAAUCUCAGCAAAGGGAAGAUGAAUAUUUCUCUCCUGUGGACCACUCUGUCUAACUUGAAUAGUAACUUGAAAAAAAAUGAAUUCCUAGCUGCACUGAAAUUAACAACAGUGGAUGAAGAUGAUGAAGUACAAAUAGAAGAAUUUGGACAAGUGGUAAAGGAUAUUCGUGAUGCCUCUAGAUUAAAAGAGUUACAAGACAUUGUCUUAGCUCUUGAUGGGCUUGAAGGUGACAUGAUAUCUGGGAAGAACUUGGAGAGCUUUCUAGGAAAUAUUGGGAUUAAGUCACCUGAAGAAGAGGUAGAGAAAAUUCUUCAGUCAGAUCUUGUUUCUGAUGACAACAUGGUGAAUGUUAAAGACUGUAUGAAGGCUUUGAAGGACACUCAGAAAUUUUCCACUUUUGUUGCAUUGAAUGACAUCAUUGGUACAUUGGAAUGUAUGGAGGAAAGUGAUCAGUCUGGCAAGGACAACUAUGCAGAUGUACUUGGAAACACCAAUAGAAUUUAUUUCACUGAUAAUAGUUUUCAAGAAGUGCUGGAUGAUUCCUUGCUCGACGACUUUAGGAAAGAGGCUUUGUCUUCAAAUCUGAAACUACCAACAGCAGAUGCAUUUAAAGAAGCUGCUUAUAUCUUGACAAGUGUUGAUAAUGGCAAGAUUGGCAUACACAACUUGGAGCAUGCCCUGAAAAGUUUGAAUGUUAAUUUAGCUGAGGAGGACGUCAGUGAAGCCCUUAAAUAUUGUGACAUCAGUGAUGAUAAUGAGGUGAAUUUAAAAGAUUUCUUUGAAAGAAUUAAAGGAAGUCCACCUUUCAAAGAGUCCAUAGUUACACAGCUACUCUUCGUUACUGUUCAAAUUCUCCAGAAUGAUCUAAUUGAUGUCUCUGACCUCAAGGCAUUAUUGAUGAACAAUGACUUUCAUGCAGCUAAUGUUUUACUUGAUGAAGUAUUAAGACAUGGACCUGAACACGAAAAUGGCAAGAUUACCUUUCAAGAAUUUUUUAUUAAGUUCUGUGAUACAUUGAACAUGCCUAAAGCCUCAGGAAAUAAAAAUCAAUUUUACAACAUCAACAUUUACAAAAAUGAACUUAAAGACAUUCCUGUACUUCAGCAAAAUUUAAAUGCCAUUGGAAUCUAUCUAACAGAUGAUAAAAUAAAGGAGACUUUGGAUAACACUAAUCCUAAUGAUGAAGUGGUGAGUUUUAAGGAUUUCAUCAGAGAAUUGAACAACAGUGAUGAAUUUAUUGAGUGCCACAGAAUAGAAGAUGCAUGUAACGUUGUUAAUAGUGUCUUUGAUAGGAAAGUUGAAGUUAAAGACCUUUUAUCUGCGUUGGAGGGCAUGGAGAAACCUUUAAAUGAAGAAAAACCUGAGGUGUUACUGAACUCUGAAACAGAUGAAAGUAAAAAGAUCUUAAAAGAUGUAAUUGAUGUUUUCACUAAUUCACCUAAACCAUCAACACCAUUCAAUAAUUUAUUUAAAGAGAUUACAACUCUUGAUAAGAUCAGAAAUGAUAAGAUGCCUAUAAAUGAGCUGAGGUCCCAACUCCGGAAGGCUAGAAUUCCAUUAAGCAACAAGACGUUGCAGGAAAUUCUGGGUCAAGCGUCUAUUGAUGAAAAUAGUGAAGUAAGUCUCAAACAAAUUUUGGAGGCUUUGAACACAAAUAAGGCAGCUCCUGAAUUUGAAGAUUUAUGUACUGCCCUCCAAACUGUCAACUUGAUGAAUUGCAACAGAAUUCAGAUUGGUGACUUGAAAGAUGCUUUUGAUGACCUCAAUGUUUCUGUAAAGCCUGAAGAACACCAGAUGUUAGUGAAAACGCUUGAUGUUGAUGAAAAGGGAGAUACUUCUCUAAAGACUGCCCUUUUAGCACUGAAGAGCAUUAAGCGUUUUCAAGAUUUUAGAGAGGUUAAUGAACUUGCAAAGGCGUUAAACAAAGUCACCAAUGAAAAAGUUGUUGUUGAUGAUAUAAAACCUAUACUGAAAGGCUUGGGGAUUUAUUUGCCAGAGGAAGAAUUGCAGGAGAUGCUUACAUCCAUUUCUCUUGAUAACGUGGGGAAAGUGAACUUAAAAGAUUUCCUGACUCAGUUAAUGAAAAUGCCAUAUUUUACAAAAGUUCAAAAAAAAGAAGGCCCCUUGAAAACUUUGGCCACCAUUAGGAAAAAUGAGGUCACUCCUGAUGAUCUAGACUCCAUGAUGAAAAAUAUAGGAGUUCCAUUACCCCAAGAUGCGAUUCAAAGAUCCCUGAAGAAUGUGGCUAUCACGGGAAGUAAGGUUGAUGACAGCAACUUAGACACUUUUCUAGGAAACAUGAAGAUGGAAAUGUCAGCUGAUGGAACAGUUGAACCUAAUAAACUAAUGAAUAAAGCUGAAGCUGUUACAGGAGAGACAGUAGCUGUCAGAGACCUGGACGAGAUACUAGGGAACAUGGGCUUUGAACUCACCAAAGAAGAUUCUGGAGAGAUGAAAAGAAAACUUCCACUUUAUGGAGGAGAAGUUGAUCUCAGUGAUCUGGAAAAUGUCUUGCAAAAUAUGGGGAUAGAGUCCUCACCAGAGCAUUCGGAGCUAAAGAAAUUACUUCCAAUUAAUGCUACAGCUAGUAGAAAAAUAUAUAAGACUAGUUUGCUGAAUUGUGCAGAAGAUGUAAAAGAUGAUGACCAUGACCUUGACUCUAUUCUUGAAAACAUGGCAAUCAAACUUACAGCUGAGGAACUUAAUGAUGUACCCGUUGCUUCAGAUGCUUCAGAUGUACCAGUUGAUGGCACGGAUCAUCAUAUCCUUGGACCAGACUUCACGAUUCAAGCUAAUGGGAACUUUGAUGUUGGUAUCUUAAUGGAUGGAAUGGAUGGAAUAAAAGCCAAAACAGGAGAGGUUGAGGUCAAUGACAUGAAAAAAGUUCCAGGAAACAUGGGGAUAGAACUCAAAGAUAAGAAACAGGGAGAGUUGGUGAACAAUCUGCCAGUCAAUGUUCAUGGGAAGGUUGAAAUGAGAACGCAUAUGGAUGGAAUGAAACCUUUUACAGGAAAAAAGGUUCAUGUCAGUGAUCUGGAGAAAGUUCUGGGAAGCAUGGGGAUCGAGCUCACAGCUGAGGAGCUUAAAAAGCUGCAGGAAACUCUGCCAAUUGAUGCUGCUGGAAACGUAUUUCAGAAUGCAAUGUUGGAUGGGGUGAAAUCCACUAAGGGAGGCAAAGUUAAGGUGAAUAACCUGGACACUGUCCUGGAAAACUUGGGAAUCAAGCUCACACAAAAGGAACACGAAGAUGUGACAGAAAAUCUACCACUUACCGCUAAUGGGAAGGUUGAGCUCAGCACAUUGAUGGAUGCAGUGGUCACUGUUACAGGAGGAGAAGUUAAUGUCAGUGAUAUUCAAAGUAUUCUGGAGAAAAUGGGGGUAGAGCUCACAGAUAAGGAGUGCUCAAAACUAAAGAAAUAUCUGCCAGUCAAUGCUGUUGGAAAGGUGUACCAAAAUAGGUUGAUGGCUGGUGUAAAAACCCUUAAAGGAGGGAUUGUUGAUGUUGCUAACCUAGACACUGCUUUGCAAAACAUGGGAAUGAAUCUCACAGGAAUGGAAAAUAGAGAUUUGAUAAAGAACCUACCUGUUGAUGAUAAUGGGAAGGUUAAAGUGAAAAAGUUAAUGGAUGCAUUGAAAAUGUUUUCUGGAAAAAAGAUUGAUGCCAACGAUCUGCUAAAGGUCCUGGGAGCCAUGGGGAUCGAGCUCCCUGAAAAGGAACUAGUGAGGCUGAGACAGACCGUGCCUAUCGACGCUGCUGGAAAGGUGUAUAAGAACAGAUUGUUGGAUGGUGUGAAGUCUGUAAAAGGAGGAAUGGUUAAAGCCAAUAACCUAGACAGUGUUCUGGAAAAUCUGGGAAUUGAACUCACAGAAAAGGAACGUGAAGCUCUGGCAGAAAAUCUGCCACUUAGUGCUAAUGGGAAGACUGAGCUCAAAAAAUUGAUGGAAGCAGUGGAAACUAUUACAGGGGGAGAGGUUGAUGUCAGUGAUGUAGGAGGUGUUCUGGAAAACAUGGGAGUAACUGUCACAGAUAAGGAAUGUGUAGAGCUCGUAAAAAACCUGCCAGUUAAUGCUAAAGGAAAAGUCUACAAGAAUAGGUUACUGGAUGGUUUGAACUCUCUUAAUGGAGGAAUUGUUAAUGGCAAUAAACUUGAUUCAGUUUUGAAAACCAUGGGAUGGAAACUCACAGAAGACAAAAUUAAGGAUCUCAAAUGCAACCUGCCCACUGAUGUAUAUGGGAGAACUACAAUGAAAAGGUUGUGUAGUGGAUUAAAAGCUUUUACAGGAAAAAAUAUUAAUGUGCAACAUCUGUCAGAUUUUGUGAGGAACAUGGGUAUUGAGCUAACAGAUAAAGAACAAAAGAGGCUGCUAAAGAAGCUUCCAGUUGAUGCUUCUGGGAAGAUCUAUCAAAAUAGAUUGUUGGAUGGUCUGAAGUCUUUCAAAGGAGGGAAGGUUGAAAGAAGUAAAGUCAAUACUGUUCUAGAAAACAUGGGAAUCGUGCUCACAGGAGAGGAGCUUCAAAGUCUAACAGAUAACCUACCAGUUAACGAUAAUGGGAAGGUUGAUCUUGAUAAAUUGAUGGAUGGAGUGAAAACUCUUACAGCUAAUGGAAAAGUUGAUCUGAAUAAAGUGAUGGAUGGCGUGAAAGCUGUCACAGGAGAAACUGUUGAUGUCAAUAGCGUUAAAGCUGUUCUGGGAAACAUGGGGAUCGAGCUCAAAGGUAAAGAAUGCUUGGAGCUGGUGAAAACUCUUCCUUUUAAGGAUGACGACAAGAUCUUUCAAAACAGGUUGCUAGAAGUUGUGAUGUCUCUAAAAGAUGGGAAAGUCAAUGUCAACGACUUGAAUGCAAUACUGGAUAAUAUGGGAAUCAAGCUCUCAGAUAAGGAACUUGAGGCUCUGACUCAAAAUCUCCCUGGUGAUGUUGAUAGGAGGACUUCUCCUGAAACACCAAUGAAGGAACUGCAAACUUUUACAGAUGAGAAGGUCAAUUCUAAUGACCUGAAAAUUUUCCUGGGAAGCCUGGGGAUUGAGCUCACAGAUCAGGAAAAAGAGAAGCUACUGAAAACACUGCCAAUUGACGCUGCUGGAAAGGUAUAUCACAACAGGUUGCUAAAGGGUGUGAAAUCUCUCAAUGGGGGAAAGGUUCAUGUAAAUAACCUGGACAACACCCUUAAAAAAUUGGGACUUGAGCUCACGGAAGAGGAACUUGCAAAGCUGUCAAAAAAUCUACAAGUUGAUGCUAAUGGAAUGGUUGGUCUGAAAGAGGUGAUGGAUGGAGUAAAAGCUACUACAGGAGGGGAGGUGGAUGUCAAAGAUGUGAAAGCUAUUCUGAAAAACAUGGGAAUAGAGUUCACAGAUAAGGAACGUUUGAAGCUGCUGAAAAAUCUGCCUUUCAAUGAUGAUAACAAGGUCUUUAAGAACAGGUUGCUAGAUGGUGUGAAGUCCCUUAAAGGUGGGAAGGUCAAUAUGAACAACCUGGGCACUGUUCUGAACAACCUGGGGAUAAAGCUUGCAGAUACGGAACUUAAAGAUCUGGCUGAAAACAUGCAUGUUGGUGUUGAUGAGAAAAUUCCUCUAGAAACACUGAUGGAAAACAUCACAGAUUUUACAGGUGAGAAGAUUGAAUCUAGUGAGCUAAAAAAUGUUCUGGGAAAUCUCGGAAUUGAGCUCACAGAUAAGGAACUAGAGAAGCUGCUGAAAAUACUGCCAAUUGAUGCCAAUGGAAAGUUGUAUCGUAAUAGACUACUGAAGGCUAUGAAGUCUCUCAAAAAUGGGAAGAUUAAAAAGAAUUACCUCCAUACUAGUUUGGGAAAUAUGGGAAUGGGGCUCACAGACGAGGAACUUGCUGGAUUGUCAGGAGACCUACAAGUUGAUGCAAACGGGAAUGUUGAUCUGCAUGACGUGAUGGAAGGAAUGAAAGCUAUUACAGGGAAAGUUGACAUCAAAAACCUGGAAACCGUUCUAGGUGACAUGGGAAUCAAGCUCACAGACCAGGAACUUGAAGAUCUGAAAGAAAACCUGCCAGUCAGUGUUGAUAAUACAGUUGCUCUGAAAAUUUUGAAGGAUGAAGUGAAAGCUUAUACAGGAGAAAAGGUUGAUUCCAGGGACCUACAAAAUACUCUAAAAGACAUGGGGAUUGAACUUACAGACAAGGAGGCCAAGCAACUGAGGAAAACACUGCCCCUUGAUGCCCACGGAAAGGUGUUUCAAAGCAGGUUGCUGAAGGAUGUGAGGUAUAAAAAAAGAGGGAAGAUUGAUGUAAAUAACCUGGAUCCUGUUUUAGAAGCCAUGGAGGUCAAGCUGACAGAAAAGGAACUGAAUCUGUUAAAGGAUCUUCUGCGUGGCUCUAAGAAAGUUGAUCUGCAAAAACUGAUGGAAAAAGUAGAAGCUGUUGCAGGAGAGGAAAUUGAUGUCAAUGACAUGGAAAGAGUUCUAGGAAACAUGGGAAUAGAACUCACAGAUAAAGAACUCUCACAACUGGUGAAAAAUCUGCCAGUUGAUAAUGGAAAGGUCUAUCGAAGAAGGUUGCUGGAUGGUAUAAAGUUUCUUAAAGGAGGGAAGAUUGAUUCCAGUAAAGUGGAUGAAGUUUUGGGAGCUAUGGGCAUGGACCUCACUGAAAAGGAGCUUAAAGACAUAAUGCAAAAUCUGCCAGUUAAUGUUAAAGGCAAGGUUGAUCUGGAAAAGCUGAUGAAUGAAGUGAAAUCUUUUUCGGGAGACAAAGUUGAUGCCAAUAGACUUGAAAGUGUUUUCGAAAACUUGGGGAUUAAGCUCACAUCUAAUGAACAUUUGAACUUGCUGAAGACACUGCCACUUGAUGCUGAUGGAAAAGUGUAUAAGAAAAGGUUGAUGAAGGGCAUAAAGUCUCUCAAACGAGGCAGUGUUGAUGUCAAUAAGCUGGACACUCUUUUAGAAAACAUGGGAAUCAGCAUCACAGAAGGAGAAUUCAUGGAUCUGAUAGAAAGAUUGCCAGAUGAUGAUAAAGGGAAGGUCAGACUAGAUACGUUGAUUGAAGAAUUGAGUUCUGUUUUAGGAAAGCAAGUUGAUGUCAGUGAUGUAGACAGUGCUCUGAAAGACAUGAAAAUUGAGGUCACAGACAAGGAAUACUUUAAGUUAGUAAAAACUCUACCAGUUGAUGCUGAAGGAAAGGUGUAUCAAAAAAGGCUGCUGGAUGGUGUGAAGGCUCUUCAAAGAGGAAAGGUGGCUAUGAAUAACCUCGUCUCAUUUCUGGAAAAUAUGGGGAUUAAGCUGUCACACGAAGAACUUGAAGAUUUUUCACAAAACCUACCAAUUGAUGGUGGUGGGAAGGUUGACCUGAAAAAUGUGACAAUGAAAAUGAAAGAGUUUACAGGAGAAAAGAUUGAUGCCACAGAUCUGAAAAACAUUCUUGGAGACAUGGGGAUAGAAGUCAACGAUAAGGAAUGUCUGGAACUACAAAAAUUACUACCCGCUGAUGAUGACAACAGAGUUUUUCAGAAUAGAUUGCUGUCAGCUUUGAAGUCUUUCAAAGGAGGAAAGAUUGAUGCUAAUAACCUGAACACAGUUCUGAGGAACAUGGGGAUCAAGCUCAAAAAUAAGGAAUUUAAAAAUGUGAUACAAAAUCAACCUGUUGUUGCUGAUGGAAAUGUUUCUCUGAAAAAAGUGAUGAGUGAUGUGAAAGCAGUUACAGGAGAAAAAGUUAACGUCAAAGAUCUGAAAAAUAUUCUGGAAGACAUUGGGAUAGAAUUCACACCUAAAGAAUACCUGGAACUGGUGAAAAAUCUUCAAGUUGACGAUGAUGGAAACAUAUAUGAAAACAGAUUGCUAGACGGUUUGAAAUCUUUCAAUGGUGGGAAGGUUGAUGUCAGUAACCUGGAAAACGUUUUAGAAAACAUGAAAAUCAAGCUCCCAGAUAAGAAACUUGAAGAUUUAUCACAAAACCUACCAACUGAUGCUUCCGGGAUGGCUGAUCUGCAUAAACUGCUGAAAGAAAUAAAGAAAUUCACAGGAGGAAAAGUUGAAGCCAAGGAUAUACACAAAGCACUGGGAAACAUGGGAAUAGAACUCACAGACAGAGAGCUCUGGGGGCUGUUGAAAACAUUGCCGAUUACUGCUGAUGGAAAGGUAGAGAAAAGUACACUGCUCGAUUAUAUAAAAGCUUUUCCUGGUGGAAAGUGCUACACCCCUAAAAUGCAAAGCAUCCUGGAAAACUUGGGUUACGAGCUGGAGGAUGAGGAAGUUGAGGACCUGCAGAAUCGUCUGCCAACUGAUGAUAUAAAGGUUAAGCUGAAUAUGCUCAUGGAAAAUUUAGAGCCAUUCAGAGGAAUCAAGAUUAAUGUUGAUGAAGUAGAUGACGUUUUGAAAAACAUAGGGAUAGAACUCACACCUAAGGAACGCUGGAGGCUGCUAAAAACCCUGCCAAUUACUUUUGAUGGAAAGGUGUAUCAUGUUCGGUUGCUAGAAGGUGUAAAGACUUUCCAAGGAGGGAAAAUUUUAGAAAAUAAACUAGAAACCAUUCUGGAAAACUUGAACUAUGACCUUGAAAAUGAAGAAAUCAAAGAUCUACGGAAUCAUUUGAAAAUUGAUAAGAGUGGAAGGAUUUCACUGAACUCCUUUAUGAGGACAGCAAAUUUAUUUUCUGGUGAUAAAAUUAAUGCCAGUGACACACAACUUUAUCUGAAAAAUGUAGGUAUUGAGUUAACAAAUAAAGAAAGCCAGGAUCUACUGAACAUACUGCCAUUGGAUGAUAACAAUACGGUGUAUAAAAAAAGGUUGAUGGAUGGAGUGAAGACAUGCAGAGGAGGAAAGGUUAAUGUCAAUAAAAUAGAUGAUGCUCUUGAAAAUAUGGAAUUCCCACUUGAAGAGGAAGAAAUUGAGAAAUUGUGCAAUCACCUACCAGUUGAUGAUGAGAGGAGGGUUAAACUGGAUAAACUUCUGGAUGAAGUACAUGAACUUCUAGGGGAAGAAAUUCACUAUGAAGACCUGGAAAAUAUUCUGAAAAACAUUGGGUUAAGACUCAGACUGAGGGAGAACUCUGUGUUGAUGAAAAGUUUGCCACUUGAUGCUGCUGGAAAGUUGUAUAAGCAUAAGUUGCUGGGUGGCAUAAGGUCUCUCAAAGGAGUGGAGCUUAAUGUUAAUCAGUUAGGACUCUUCAUGAAAAGUAUGGGCUUUGACCUGGAAGAAGAGGAGUACCUGGACCUGCUCAGCAACCUGCCUGCUGAUGAUGAGGGGAAGAUUGAAGUGAACGUGGUAAUGGAUGAAGGAAAUAUUUUUACAGGUGAGAAGGUCGAUACUAGUAACCUGGAAAUUUUACUGGAAAAUAUGGGGAUAACACUCACAGAAGAUGAAGGCCUGAAACUACAGAACAAGCUUCCAGUUGAUGCCAAAGGAAGGGUGUACAUGAACAGAUUGAUGAAAGAGUUACAGUCUCUCAAAGGGGUGAAGGUGUCUCCAAAUAAGGUGGACACUUUCCUGAAAAACAUGGGAAUUGAUCUCAAGAAGAAAAAAAUCCAGGAACUGAAGGACCUCCUACCAACUGAUGGUAAUGGGAAGAUUGAUGUAAAUGUACUGAUGGAUGAAGUUAAAAAUAUUACAGGAGAGAAGAUUCCUACUGAGGACCUGAAAAAUGUUCUGAAAAACAUGGGAAUAGAGAUCACAAAUAAGGAAUAUAAAAAGUUUCUGAAAACCCUGCCAGUUUCUGCUGAUAAAAAGGUGUUUGAGAAAGAAUUACUAGAGGGUGUGAAGUCCUUCAAAGGAGGAAGAGUCAACGUUGGUAACAUAAAAAAUGUUCUACAAAGUAUUGGGUUCAGACAUGAAGAAAAAGAAAUCCAGGACCUGCAAACCCACCUACCAGUUAUUGAAGAUGAAAAGGUGGAGUUGGCUGUGUUGAUGGAAGCAGCCAGUGCCUUUACAGGAGAAAAGGCGGAAGCCAAUGACUUAAAAAAUGUACUGGGAAACAUGGGAAUUGAGAUCACUGAAACAGAGCAGUUGAUGCUGUCAAAAACUCUGCCACUCUCUGGAGAUGGAAAGGUGUACAAGAAAAGAUUACUGAAUAGUGUGAAACUUCUCAAAGGAAAGAAAGUCAGUAUCAGUAACCUGGACCCCCUUAUAAAGAACAUGGGAAUUCAGCUUGAGAAAGAGGACCAUCAGGACUUACUGAAACACCUGCCGACUGAUAAGAAUAAAAUGGUGGAUUUGAAUGUGGUGAUGGACGACGCAAAAGCUUUUAUAGGAGAGAAGGUUAAUGUGGGUAAUCUGAACAAUGUGCUGAGGCAAAUGGGACUAGUACUGACUGAUGAGGAGAAUAAGGAGCUGUUGAAAACUCUGCCCAUUCAUGCUGAUGGAAGAGUAUAUAAGAAGAGAUUGCUAAAAGGUGUGAAAGCACUCAAUGGACCAAGGGUCAAACUCAAAAAAGUGAAAUCCCUUGUGGAAAACAUGGGAAUUAGACUCAAUGAUGAGGAACUUGAGGAAAUAAUGACUGAUGUGUCAACUGAUGAUGAUAGAACCGUUGGUCUGAAUGAUUUGAUGAAUGCUGUCAGUUGCAUAAAGGGAGAGGUGAUUGAUAUCCAGGACUUGGACACCUUUCUAGCCAGUGAAGGGAUCGAGCUCACAGAAGAUGAUAUGAAGGAGCUGAUGCCUCAUUUGACAGUUAAAGGAAAUGGGAAGGUUAGAGUGCCUUCAAUUAUGGCGGGCCUGAAGAAGUUUAAACCAAAAGGACUCACGCCACUACACAAGUUGAUGAAAACUGAACACGAUGCUAAAGACAGAGUUAUUGGCCCCAUGGCAGUUUCUGAUAUUAAAUCAAAAGUUAAGCUGAAUCCUCUAACAAAAGUACCCAGCUCCCAUGGCAAGAGGGAUAAAGAUUUACCAGGAUCUCUCCCGUGCCAAUUACAGCACAAAGAAAGGAAGCUGAAUGCUUCACAAAUACAAGCCUUCCAAGAUGCCUACAACUUCUUUAACAAGGAUAAAACUGGCUGUAUUGAUUUACACGGAAUGAUGUGCACUCUAGCCAAGUUGGGAAUGAAUCUAACCAAGCAUGAUGUCUAUAAUGAAUUAAAAUGUGCUGAUAUUGAUGGGGAUGGAAAGGUGAAUUUCUCAGACUUCAUAAAGGUGUUAACAGAUAAGAACCGCUUUCUUAAAGCUGUGGUUCCAGAAAAGGAGAAAUGUUUAGAUUUAGCUGGCAACCCAGGGAUCCUGUUGUUUGAAAUCCUAUCAAAGCUUGUAGAGACUUCGGCCUUACCCAGAAAGGCUAUAAUGGAAAUAGUAAGCUAUUUCCAAAGAAAAUUCCAGGAAACAGGAAUGUUAUGGAAUCCCUACACCAUGGCUUAUGAAAAAAGGAGAUUUAAGCAAGACAUAUGCACCCCUCCCAGCUCAAGCACAGCUGCCUUUGCCAAUGCUGCCCGGACUGCAAUAAUGAAAGAAAAGGAUUUAUUUAAAUUUCUUGAAGAGCUCAAGAGGUGCAAUCCUCCUUCAGAUAGCCCAUAUUCAAAAAUACCCAUCUUUCCAUUGUUUCCUAAUGUGGAUGGGGUGGUGAUGGGAAAGCCAUUCAAAGACAUGCAGAAAUUAGAAAUGCUAAGGAGAAAGGAGCCUCUGAACUUCUUUGAGAACUAUUUUUUCCAUAAAAGAGACUGGAAAGCACAGGCAGCAAAUAUAAAGCCUAUUGACUCCGUCUCAGGCUGUCCUACUGACAUCCUGGCCAUUGACCAAAUGCUCAAAAAGAAGCAGAAUUGGACAGUGACUGAUGCGGCAGCUAUUAAACAGCCCGUGAAGAGAGCUAUAGAUACCUAUAACUUGGGAAUUGCCCUGGAGCACCGGAAAGACAUGCUAAACCUCUGGCAGAAGAUCCGAGGGGAUUUGAUUGGAAUAGACACUAAAAAUGAGUCCUUUUAUGAUACCUUUUCUACUUACACAUGGUCCUGGAAUGUUUGCCAAGAAUUACUUUCACCAAAGGACUUAAGGUUAUAUGAUGCCUACAUGAAUAGGCAUACCUUCCACAACUCUGUAUUCUCUUCUUCCUCGGAUAUCAGUGAAUGUGACACAGACACAGGAAGAAAACGAAAACGGAAAGGUUUCAAAGGGUUUCGACGAUGAGAUUUCUACAUUUUCUAAACAGCUCACUGCAAACUACUUUUUCAUAGAUAUCAAAAUUGUGGUUUCUUGCUUUUGUCUCGUACAUUCUUAGCAGCUGGAAAUGUUGACAUCUUUUGAAUUCUGACCAGUAAAAAAGUUUAAGUCAUAAUGUGGUUUCCCU